UAUUGUGUUCUAAGUGCAUUUGAUACAGCAUAACUGCCUCCAGUUUCUAAAUCAAACAUUAAUCGGAAUAUAAAUCUGGAUAAUUAGUCAUUUUAAUGGAAUUAUGUUAUCGCAUACCGUAGCUGAUUAAUGAGGUGGAAUACAAUCAUGCUAAUUUGUGAAAAUGAGAUUUUGGUAAACGACACCGAUUGAAACAAACGGUUAAUAGCAUUAUGCAGUGGACAUUGAAAUUAAAUCGAUUGUGCGUAUUAAUAGUUGCAUUUUUCUACUGUUUUGUUGUGGGAGAUAAAAAUAUUGGUGCAAUAUUCGAUGACGGUACUUUUCUGGUACAAGCGGCUUUCAAAGUGGCUUUAACGGAUGCCUCUAAAGAUCAAGAGAAUCCAUUUGUGGAAAAUGUUGCGCAGACGCCACCUGGCGACGUGUAUGAAGCGGAAAAAGGAGUUUGUCAACUCUUAGAGAAUGGUUUACUCGGAAUCUUCGGUCCGUCGAACCGCGCGUCGCUGACGCAUGUACAGUCGGUGGCAGACUACCUCGAGGUGCCCCACGUCAUCGUGGAGCCGAUGAUACUGCAGACUCGGAACUGGUCCGUCAUCAACCUGUAUCCUCAUCAUGAUGCUUAUUCACAGGUGUUUGCUGACAUAAUAGUCAUGAAAGGAUGGUCCGAGUUUACCAUAAUUUACGAAGGAGCUGAAAUCUUGCCGUUUCUUACAAACGUCUUGACUAUUCAAGACUUAGAUUCUGAUGAUGAUAUCCUAAUGAACGUAGUGCAGCUACCAGACAAUGAUGACUUUCGGUCUUUCUUACAAACGAUAAAGAAAUCUGGAUCAGUAAACUACCUGGUGGCCUGCACAAUAGCGAAGCUCCCAACAUUUUUACUGCAAGCUCAACAGGUCGGAAUCAUGUCUGAUGAUCACAGCUAUCUCAUCAUGAAUCCUGACUUCCAGACUAUAGACAUUGAACCAUUUAAGCACGGAGGAUCCAAUAUCACAGGUGUGCGGCUCUUCGACCCAAGUUUAGAAGAAAUACAGACAUUCGUCAAAGCAAUUAACGAAUACGUAACUGAGCUAUCUGAAGGGCAAAUAGAGAAUGCUGUGACGGAAGCUACGUUGAAUCUUAAUUUAGCUCUAACCUAUGAUGCUGUGAUCCUGUACACAGCAGCGUUGACUGCUCUGGGUCUUGAGGAAGGUGCUGCGGUAUCAUGCACCAAAGAUGACAGUUGGAGCUAUGGAUCUAGUGUUAUCAAUUAUAUCAGAACGAUGGAAUUGGACAGUCUGACUGGAUUAAUAAAAUUCGAUGAAGAUGGCUUUCGGUCAGAUUUUGAAAUGGAAAUCGUGGAACUCAUGCCUCAUGGGCUCGAAAAGGUUGGACAAUGGAGCGAAGAAGAUGGAUACUUACAGACCCGAAACAUAAUACCACCAGCAGACCUUGAAGGAUCUGAUGCUAUGAAAGGAAAACAUUUCAUAGUAUUGAUAUCUUUGACAGCUCCCUAUGGUAUGCUGAAAGAAUCUGCGGACAAAUUAGAAGGUAAUGCUCGAUACGAGGGUUUCGGUGUUGAGUUGAUCGACGAAUUGUCUAAGAUGAACGAGUUCAAUUAUACUUUCGAAAUACAAACGGAUGGUGUGUACGGCUCUCUGGAUAAAACUACUGGAAAAUGGAACGGCAUGAUGGAAAAAGUCAUGGAUGGACGAGUCGACUUCGCUAUAACAGACUUAACUAUAACGGCAGCUCGACAAAAGGCCGUGGAUUUCACCAGCCCUUUCAUGAAUCUCGGAAUAACAAUUUUGUAUAAAAAGCCCACCAAACAACCACCGGAUUUGUUCUCAUUUAUAUCGCCAUUUUCUUUAGAGGUCUGGGGUUGGGUAGCUGGUGCAUAUUUUGGUGUAUCAGUUUUGCUAUUCAUUCUUGGAAGAUUUGCAGCGGAUGAAUGGCAGAAUCCAUACCCAUGUAUUGAGGAGCCUGAAACCUUGGAUAACCAGUUUACUAUGGCCAAUUCAUUUUGGUUUACUUUAGGAAGUCUCUUGACUCAGGGAUCUGAAAUCGCCCCAAUAGCUGUAUCUACACGUAUGGCAGGCAGUAUGUGGUGGUUUUUUACAUUGAUCAUGGUAUCGUCUUACACUGCUAAUCUAGCCGCCUUCCUAACGGUUGAAUCAAAGUUUUAUGCAAUCAAAAGUGUUACAGAUCUUGCAGCUAAUCCUUAUGACAUAACGUAUGGAGCUAAAAAAGGAGGUGCUACCUUCAGUUUUUUUAAGGAAUCUGAUAACUUACUGUACCAAAAAAUGUAUCAGUAUAUGGAAGAUCAUCCUGAGUACCAAACUGCUAGUAACGAAGAAGGUUUAGAAAGGGUUAAAUCUGAUGAUGAGAACUACGCAUUUCUGAUGGAAUCUACAUCCAUUGAGUACAUGGUAGAGAGGAACUGUGAUGUAGCCCAAGUUGGUGGACUAUUGGACAGUAAAGGAUAUGGAAUCGCUAUGAAAAAAAAUUCUCCAUACCGUCAGCCUAUGAGUGAAUCUAUUCUUCAACUGCAGGAACAAGGGACCAUUACGAGGAUGAAAGACAAAUGGUGGAAGGAAAAAAGAGGUGGCGGUGCCUGUGCGGAUGAUGAUACUGGUAGCGGUGAAGCUCAACCGCUGGUGUUAGCAAACGUUGGUGGAGUGUUCAUUGUGCUAGCGGGAGGAUCCGGUAUGGCCGCCAUUUGUGCGGUGUUUGAAAUGCUCUUCGAUGUCUGGGCUACUUCUAGACGAGAAAAGAAUUGUUGCAUGAUCCAGUGUGACCCUUGCUGCAUUAUAUUCAUUACGCUGAUGAUCAACCUACAAACCAAAGGUGCCGUUCAAAGAUGAGCUAAUAGCCGAGCUUAAGUUCAUCCUGAGCUUCAGCGGUGACAUCAAACCAGUGCGUCAUCCACGCGAGUCCACCGGCAGCGGAUCCUCCAAGAAAGAGAAAGAAGAAGAAGACGCAGAGGAACCCGAUGAAACAGAAGACCAUCGCGACAGAAUGCCAACGCCAGCUAGAUCUGAAAAAUCUACGCAUUCUCAUCACACUCUCCACAGCAGAAGGCAGAGCAACAGCCUGCACAUGGCCCGAAGUCGCAAGUUCAGUCGACCGUAACAAAUCUGACGGGAAAAGUGUCACGAGAGACGUCGUCAGAUAUAUUUCAUGUCGAAACCCUAAUCUUGAUUGAAUUGAAAUAGAUGAUUUCACUGCUCCGUUGGCUGAAGUUUUUAUCUUCACAUCUUUUGCUGAUUUUAUUUUUUAUUAAAUUUUGACAGCAAGUAUUUUUUCGUUGCAAAACUUAAUGUUUCGUUUGUUUUCGAUAUCUUUGUGCCUCGUUUCUAUAUAGGGAGGUAUGCGUAUAUAUAAGUAGGUCAUGAAUUUUAUCCACGAAAAAUGACCACUUUAUUACCUUUCUAUGAUACGUUUCAUACGCCGGUGCAAUGCACUUAUGCUAGGAUCCCAGUAGGCAAACUAUCCGCCCGUUACUGGACCGUAAAUUACGUAGACUGAGCGCAAAACUAUAUAGCAAACUGUGACCACUAUUUGCAUACUAAACCAAUACACCGCCGCGCCGGUAACUCAGUCGGUGGCGAACAAUCUGCCUACUGGGGACGCAAAUUAUAGCUUUUACGUAUACUAUCAUGAACUUUUUGUCAGAAAAUCUAUGCAGAUGACAAACAGAACAAUAUUGUAUUUGAAUUUAGUUUUUUAUAAAGUAUAAAACCUGUAGUAACCAUACAGCUCUGAAAAUGCAGAAUGAAUAAACUCUGGUAAACCGA